CUGGUAUGACGGCCCGGGACAAAACCGUUGCUGUUAGAUUGCUCGGUGUCAGCCAGCAAGAUGGGGCGUUCAGCAGCAUGAGGAAUAAAUAAGAGCAGCCUUCUGCCUUGAAGUUGAACAGCACGACACAGACGAUCACUUUCAAACACUCUCACAUCAACUCUCCAUCGCAAUCAUGAAGUACUCCACCAUCUUCCUCGCUGCUGCGACCACCGCCUCUGCCCACUCGACAUGGCAGCAACUGUGGGUUGGAAGCACGGACAAGGCGACCAGCUGCACGCGUACUGUCAAGGAUAACAGCCCCAUCAACAGCUUGUCUUCAUCCGACAUGUUCUGUGGUCGUGGUCCCGCUGCCUCAUCCGGUGUCUGUGAAGUUGCUGCCGGUACUUCCCUGACUGUUGAGAUGCACGCUCAGCCCGGCGCGCGCUCAUGCUCGCAGCCUGCCAUCGGCGGCAACCACUACGGCCCGGUUCUUAUCUACAUGGCCAAGGUCAGCGAUGCCAAAACCGCCAGCUCCGGCUCUUUCUUCAAGGUCGCCGAGGACGGAUACACUGGUACCACCGCCUCAUGGGGAACUGAGAUCCUCAACGCAAACUGCGGCAAGCGCUCCUUCACUGUUCCCAAGAACAUUGCCUCUGGUGACUACCUUGUCCGCGCUGAGGCUAUUGCCCUACACGCCGGCGUUGGAAGCCCUCAGCCCUACGUCAGCUGCUUCCAGGUCAAGGUUACUGGAGGAGGCAGUGCUACGCCCUCUGGUGUCAGCUUCCCCGGUGCCUACAAGCUCAGCGACCCGCUCUUCACAAAGGCUAUCUACGACUCGAGCUUCAAGUACGUCAGCCCUGGCCCCGCUGUCUACUCCGGUUAGGAAACUUGAAUACACACGAUUGUGAACGAAAGAGACGGGGAGAUUGCGGUGGUUUGGUGAAUUGAGACUUUUACACAACGGGGAGAGAUUUUUUGUACAUAAAACUUCUUCAACUCCAUAUUGCUUGGACCAUUUUUACAUACCACAUAUAUGCCAUUUGAAAUGGGAAUACCUUCUUCUUCUUCUUCUUCUUCU